GAUGGACAGCGAUCACGCGCUAUAACGGGGCUUUACCGUCUCCUUUGAGCAAUGCCAUCAAGCCCAGACUUGCGAACGUGUUCUAUUGUGACAUACCUAAGCUGACUGGCAAUUUGAAAAAUACAUAUAUAGUAUAUAUAACCACAGGUGCAUCAUAUACGGGACACGGGAGCAGAGGUUUAACGGAAAGAACAAGGUGAGUGCUGUAUGUGCUGACAGUCGGUAUGCUAAAACAGGUAACCUAGCAUCAUGCCGGGGAUUAAACGUAAGGCAUCACGGGCUUCGCCUUAUGAACCGGUCAGUAAACUGACCAAACAGCGAACGUCCACCACAGUGAAACCUGUCAGGGAGAAAUCCACCAUCCGACCACCGCUGCCUCUACCAAAAUGGCCAAGUCUUAAAAGAAAAACGACGAAAGAAAGCGCCAGCCCCGGAGGAUCAGGAGACGCGUCCCCUCCCCCGGGAUUGAGAAGGGCCCCCACCCUUACCCUCGAAGAUAAAGAACCCGAGUCGGCUUCACCUCUCUCUGGCAAGAAGAGUUUGUCAAAGAAAGGGUCUGUUGUUGUAGGCGAGGUCGUUACUGCCCCUUCACUGCCUAAAACCGCCUCCAUCGUUGAAGGUGACGAUAGAGUUACGACCUUGACCCGGCUUGCUUCAGGGUCAACUGUCGGUCGCACCACCAGUUUCUCUGAAGCACCUGCUGCAAUAAGCAAGGAAUUGUCCAAGACAUCCACCAGUACCAAGACGCCCCUCAUCUGUAAGAGCAUCAGCAGAGGAGGCAGCAUCGUCAUCGGCGGGGGAGACGUCCCAUCUCUCAGCAAGUCGUCGUCCAAGUCCAAGUCGUCGAAAGCGGGGUCCGAGACUGGAGUCGCUUUGGAGAAGGUUCUCAGUCUCAGUAAGUCUCUGUCCAAACCAUCGCUGACGAAGGAGAAGUCUGCCAGCCUCAUCAGUGCCGCCGCUGAAGAAGCUGCAGCUGCAGCUGCUGAUGAUGACGAGGAUGGUGACGGUGCAGUCGUAGUGGACAUCCCCCUUCCACCUGGGGGACUCAUGGAGAUCGUCUUCUCAUUUGACACGACAGGCUCCAUGAUGAGAUGUCUGGAGCAGGUUCGAAGCCAAAUCCAGGACAUGGUUCAGCGUCUCCAAGCAGAUAUCCCUGGCAUUCGUAUCGCCAUCUUCGCCCAUGGCGACUACUGCGACGCAAGCAACUACGUUGUUCAGUGGAUCGACUUCGGCGCUUCCACCCCCGAGAUCUGCAAGUUCAUAAGAGACGUGAAGCCUACCGGAGGUGGUGACUUCCCCGAGGCCUACGAAGUGGUGUUGAGGCGCUGUCAGAGCGUUCUGUCCUGGACUCCAGGGAGUCAGCGUUCCCUGGUGAUGAUCGGGGACGCCACCCCCCACGAGGCGGAUGAUCCUCAGAAUGAGGAGAACAUUGACUGGAAGACAGAGUGCAGGGCUCUGAGAGAUAUGGGAGUCCGCAUCUAUGGCGUGCAGACUGGGGGAAUCACGGAUGCAGACGAAUUUUGGGGACAAAUGGCCCGCAUCACUCUGGGUCGCCACUUGCUACUGGAUCAGUUCUCUAACAUCUUCGACAUGAUCAUGGCUAUCUGCUACAGGGAGAGGGGAGCGGACCUCCUCGGGGCAUACGAGGAUGAAGUCCGGGGACGCCACGGGGGAGGGGCCAUCAAUAAGGAUCUGGAGGGAUUGUUCGGGACGCUGAGAGAUGAAUCUGAUCCUCCUUCGCUGACAUUAUCCCCGUCCUUAAUGAAAAUCCCCACAGAGACCUUGCUUGGGGCCAAAACAGGCAGCUCGAAGGUCACAGCCCUGAAGAAACUAAAAGCGAUGGUGAAGGCUAAAGGCGCGGCCAAGAAGGUCAAGGGCGCUGGGAAAACCAAACCUAAAGCAAAAACGGAAAAGAAAAAGGGAGGAGCAAAGAAAACGAAAAAGCCCAAGACGAAGGCAAAGGCAAAGAAAUCUGAGAAGUUCCUGCGUGAAACUGUAGAUGAUGAGAAAUUCAUCCGUCGCUUCAACGACAACGACGACAAAGAUGAUCUAGUGAUGAACAUGGGCUGGACGGAUUGGAAACGCGCCAUCUACCCACUCAAACACAAGCCCCAUUAUCCCCUUCCAGAGUCCGUCCGCGACAACAGACGGGUAUUCAGAGGAGCUAACGGAUACGUGAGGUCAGACCUGUUCCAGCGUAAGCACGACGUCCAGGCUAUCUACGAACUCGGCGUACGACCUCCGAUCCACCGUAAGCGCAUCUACACGACGCUGUUUAAAUUUACAAAGGGUUUCAAAAACAAACAGGUAUGGGAUUCAUUCCUGUUGAGGAAAAAAAGCGCAUUCGACGCGGUGAGCAGCAAUGUCGCACGGGGAGCACAGAUCUAUGUCAGGAGGGCUGUGUACCCGCCCGAUAACGUCUUCUUCCUUGAAACAGUCAAUCGCAUCAACGCAAUAUUUGACUAUGCGUGGAACAAGCCCACGAAAGCAGCUGAAAACUUCAGAACAAUUGAAAGAAGUAAUUUUCUCAUCAGCGGUGUCCAAAAGAUUCGGAACACUCCCAAGAAGACGACACCCAAGAAAGCUGUCCCCUCUAAGGGUAAACGCGCAUCGAAAGAGACAAAAGCAGCUGCUGUAAAGAAAUCAAAGACCAAAACCAAAACCACUAAAGCGGCAGCUAAAAAGGCCAAACCAACUAAAAAGACAAAAACACCCGCUAAAAAAUCCAAACCAACCAAGAAGACAAAAACACCCACUAAAAAAGCAAGAGGCAAAGGGAAGAAGGCAGCUAAAUAGACUGAGAAUAUCUUGAAUUCUUUUCAGUUGCCAUUUUAUUUUGAUAUUGAUACUUGAACAAUCAUCGGGCGACUUUGGAACCAUCAUCUUCUCCAUCACAGUGGACGCUCACAGUCCAAGAGGACGAGGCGCCAUAGUGCUAAAUAACUUUAACCUUUUCAUGACGUGUGUGGAGUACUGAUACAGAACAAUUGCAUUCAUAACUCAAAUACUCAUUGCAUCCAUAACUAGCAAUGCCUUCCUAGAUUUCGUUGUCUUAAAUAAGCCGCGCGUUUAGAACAAUAUGUUGUCGAACAAAAUAGAAAAUGUCGUGCGUUCUGUUCAUAGACGUUUUCAAAAGAGAUCUGAUUGUAUAUGUCAGUGCCAUCCUUUGCCCAUUCUGAAUGUCUGUGUGUUGGGUCUUAUGUUUUAAUUACUUGGUUAACGGAUUUGUGUUCCGAAACAAAAGGGCCCGAGGUCGAAAUAAUAUGUGUUUUUUUUAAUCCCUGAAAAGUGUUGUCAGUUGGAAUGAAAAUUAAACUGAAUCAUGUAAGAAAAAUGAAAAAGAUAAUAAUAUUUUUUAUAUUUUUUUAACAGAUUCGACAGGUAUAAAAUCGGCACAUUGUGUGAUGAGAUGUGAAGUCUUUGGUGGAUGAAUCACUGAAUCCGUUUUACAAAGAAAUUAAGAAACACUUUAAUGAAAACAUUGCUGGUAUGUUCAGGUAAAUGAAUGCCAUAUUGUUGAAUGUUUUUGUGUUAGCAAGGCAAUUGCAACCAUUUUCACUUAAUCUGCAUUUUAAUGGAUUCACGUGUGUCCAGCAUUUUAAUCAAAUAUUCAAUGUACAUUGUGAAGGCAGCAGUGUGUGUGUUUAAUAUGUAUAUAUUGUCUCUCUCUCGUUUUAAUUAGAUUAAUAUAUGCAAUGGAAAACAGAAA